UUCACUUAAAUUGCCCUUUCGACUACGGAACUUGUGACUUGUGUUUAGUGAACAAAGCAAAUCUAAUUUCGUUUCUUUAAAAGUACAUACAAAUUCUAAUAAAUACUUUCCCUCUAGUGAUUGAACAAUUUAUUGAAAAUAUGCCCUAAAUAUACAACUAUUGCUGUUACCUUUGAAAUAUAAAAAAAAAAUGUACUUAUUACUUUUGAUAAUUGAAAUUAUUAUUUCCACUGCAUACAAUGUUCAAGCUACCAAUUCUCAAGAAUUGGAACCCAAUUAUAAGUUAUCAAUGGUUUCCUCGCCAGAUAAUCCUGGUCACCCUGCGAUAUUUGAGCACGCGAAGAGUCCCGUGUGGGAUCCGGAUCAACAGAACUUGUACUUUGUUGAUGUGAGCAAACGGAACGUGCAUCGACUUGACUACGUCAGCGGCAAGAUUUACGUAAAGCACAUAGGAUAUGGAGAGCUAAACGCAGUGGCGAUUGUGUCUGGAACUAGAAGGCUGCUGGUCUGUGUGCGUUCUGCGAUGUAUUUACUUGACUGGGAUGUUGCGGGCGAUGAUGACUUGCGUUUGAUCGUGACACUUGACCAGGGAUUACCGGAUAAUGUGAUUAAUGUAGGAAAACCUGACGCUGCCGGACGCUUUUGGGCAGGAACCAAAGGUCCUCAAAGCGGUGACGAAGUCGUGCCGGAUAAAGCGACUUUGUAUAGAAUUGAACAAGGAAGUAUAACACAUCCGCGCGUGCUGUUGCGGCCAGUUUCUAUCUCCAGUGGCCUCGUGUGGUCUCCCAACAAUACAGUACUUUAUUACAUCGACUCUUUAACGCUGAAGAUUGAAGCUUUUGAUUUCGAUUUGGUUACGGGAGAAAUAAGUGCGAGAAGAACUAUUAUGGAUUUUUCUAGCAAUGACUAUGACGGAGCAAUGCCUGACGGCAUGACUAUUGACAGUCAAGGACGGCUUUGGGUCGCUUUGUUAUUCGGUGGAACAGUUUUACACAUAGAUCCGGACACAAGAAAAGUAAUCUACACCUAUAAGCUACCAGUUUCCAGGAUCACCUCCGUAUGCUGGGGAGGACCAAAUCUUGACGAACUAUUCGUCACUACAGCUCAGGAGAAAGCUGAACCCAAAUCAGAACCACUUGGUGGUGCGAUAUUCACUAUACGGGAUACAGGAUAUCGAGGUCUGCCCCCUAACACCUUUCGAUUCGAUAAUGCUGACAACUAUUAAUUAAAUUAUAACCUAAAAAAAAUGUAAAUACAAAAAUUAUAUACACAGCUGUUAGUUUGUGUUUGAUAAUAAAAAUGUAAUAAAUUAUAAAA